AAAUUUUUAUUGGCUUUUAUUGGGGAUAAUAAAACUUUUAUUCGGGGACAAUAAAACUUAAUAAAAUUUUCUUGGGGGAUAAUAACAAGUUUUAUUGGGGUUAAUAAAAGUUUAUUGGGGCAAAAAAGUCUCCGGCGACAUAUGAGAUGUUCAACAACUUCUUUGGAGGCCUCUGGCUAAGUCUGGUGACCGGUGGCCAAAGUCCCGUGAAGUCUCCGAUGACUUUUCUCUCUUCCACUCUCUCUCUAAGUGAUAAAGGGCAAAAUUAUCCUAAAAAAUAAAAAACAAUUAAAAAAAAACUUAAUUGAGUAUUAGAGCAAAAAAUAUAUAAUUUGUUUAGUAAGUGGAUAAUCUUAUAAGAUGUUUAGGUAAGUGUAGUUAAAAUUUUGGUAAAUGGACAUUUUUUCCAAAAUAAAAAAGUAAAAGUAAAAAGAAAAAAGAAAUAUUAAAAAUUGGAAUUUGUUUGGGAGACACAUGCCAAGCACGUGGCCAAUGCCAACUUAAAGAAACAUUGGAUCUGAUUUCAAGCUCCAGAUCUCUCUACCUAUUCCCAAAUUCACAUUCUCUUCCCUUUUAAACUUGUAUUACCACAAUUCCAAGUCUUGAAAGCCACCGCAGCUGUGGAUUUGCUUAAAGCUUCAAACUUUCUCUGGCGCUGAAGAAAUGGCCGCGGUCGAAGUGCACCGUUUUGCUCAGUGCAUCACUUGCCAUGCUUGGAGCCCUGAUCGCUCAAUGCUGGCAUUUUGCCCAAAUAACAAUGAAGUUCACAUCUAUACUCUGAUGCAAUCCAAAUGGGAAAAGCUGCAUGUUCUUCAGAAGGUACUUACAAUAUCAUUUGAUGCACAAUUGCUUCAAAUUUGCAUUGUUUUUUGUUGGUUUAUGGUUAAUGUUUUUAUUUUUACCUUUUUCAGGUGGGUCAGUAAACUGAUCAGAAAAAGACACGACUCUUCUGUUACAAGUGUUGCUUGGCAUCCCAAUAAUAUUCUUCUUGCAACAGCAUCUACAGAUGGAAAAUGCCGAAUAUUUUCCACUUACAUUAAGGUCGUCGAUGCAAAGGAAUCAAAAACAGUCUCAUCUUCAGAUGCAAAGUUUGGAGAGCUAAUUCUUCAGCUUGAUCUAUCGUCUUCUUGGGCAUUUGGUGUGAGGUGGUCACCAAGUGGCAAUACCUUAGCAUAUGUAGGCCAUAACUCUAUGAUUUACUUUGUCGAUGAGGUGGGGCCUUCUCCUCUGGCUCAAAAUGUUGCAUUCCGUGAUUUGCCUCUCCGUGAUGUCUUAUUUCUUUCUGAACGACUAGUCAUUGGCGUGGGAUUUGAUUGCAACCCCAUGGUUUUUGCAGCAGAUGAAAGAGGAAUAUGGAGUUUUAUAAGAUUUCUUGGGGAAAGAAGGAUUACUUCUUCAGGUCCAAAAUAUGGUUCACAGCUUUCUGGAGCAUUUCGGACGCUAUAUGGCCAACCAAAGCAUGGAUUGAGCAAUGAUACAAAUGACCAUUCAAGACCACAAGGAACCGUCCAUGAAAACUGCAUUAAUUGUAUCGUGCCGCUUGGAACUUCAGGGAGUUCUAAAGUAAUGCGCUUCAGCACAUCAGGAUUGGAUGGAAAAGUCGUUGUCUGGGAUCUGGAGAAUCAAGCAGACUUAUCAGAGUAUUUUUAAACCUAACAUAAACAUGAAGUAUAUCUUUAUGUAAUGUUCAUGGCAUUGGAAAUGUUCUUGUAUAUUUGAUGUAUACUGAGCAAUUGGUAAUAUCUCUACAAAAGCCUAGGAGAAAAAACAGAGAUCUUGAUGAUUUUAUUUGUGUAUACCUCGUGUAUCACUACAUGUAUUGUAUUGUAUUGUCUUGUGUCCUCACUGAUAAAAAAGAGUGAUGUUUGUGACAAGAAAAUUUUCGUUUGUGUAGUAGUAUUAUCAUCAUCACUCCAAAUUA